AUGGCUUUAAAUUAUGAAACAUUAAUACGAGCUGCAAUGAAACAACCGGAGGAUCGAACUUUAACAGAAGUAAACGAUUUCAUAUUUCCAUGGUUGAAAGCGUCAUUAAAGAAAAAACAAGGAAUAUUUCAAAAAAUUAGUGAUGAAGUGAUACAUGAAAUUUGUAAAUCAAUUACCCUUGAAAGGCGUCGACCAUGGGAAGUCGUAAUACGUCAAGGAGAAGUUGGAGACAAAUUUUAUAUUAUUUUGCAAGGUUCAGUGAACAUUUAUCGAUUAGAUGAUGAUGCAAAACCAACAACAGCAGAUACUACGAGUGCUACCAUUGAUCCCAGUGUUAUCGCCGAUGAUGAAAAACGAGAAGAAGUUAUUUCAAAUUAUUUUGGAAAUUAUAUUGUUACACUUGGCGCUGGUUUUGAUUUUGGUGAACGUGCUUUGAUCACCGAUGAGCCCAGAAGUGCUACGGUUAUUACAGCAACAUCCACUGAUCUUCUUGUUGUUGAGCGUGAUGUUUUCAAUAGAACGUUGAAAUCGGCUCAUGAAAAAGAAUUACAAGAGAAAACAGAAUUUAUUAAUAAAUGUCCAUUCUUUUCCACAUGGAAUCCGAGAAUGAAACGUUUAGUUUCUCUUAAUUUGGAACGUGGACAUUUUUCCUACGAUUCACUAUUAUUUAAACAAGGAGAAAGAGCUGAUGCUGUCUAUUUUAUUUGGAGUGGUGAAGUGAAAUUAACCAUGGAUCCGUUACUCCAUUGGCUACAAUAUCCAAAUAUUUUAUCAUCACAUAAACUAUCGAAAUCAGAUCCAUUAAAAUCUGCUGCUAUUGAAUUAUUUUUACCCAUGUUAACUAAUUUACCAAAUGUAAAUUCAUCACCAUAUUAUUCACAAAAAACCGAACAACAAGCAAAACAACAAAGUUAUGCAAUAAAACGUCGACAUAUGACAUUUGCCCAAGCUGAACAAGAAUUAAAAAAACGUAUGUUACAAGUGGCUUUGUUAACAACCGGUGAUAUUAUUGCAUUGGAAGAAUACGUAUGCGAUUUACAAACAUAUAUGCAAACGGCACGUUGUACUAGUGCAUGUGAUUUAUUCUAUAUUUUAAAACAUAAUCUUGUUCGAUUACAAAAACGAAUGGGUGCACAAGGUUUAGUAGAAAAACUUCGAGAAACUGUUUUAUUAACAUUUCAUGCUUAUAAACAACGUUUUAUUUAUUCAUCAAUACCAUUAGUACGACUAUUAACAGUAGAAUUAGAAAAGCGAAAUGAAAAUGAUUUAAUGAAUAAUAAUUAUCAACAAAAACGAUGGUUCCAAUUACAGCAAAAUACACCAAAAACUAGUCGUCGAUUUCAACGUGUUACGAAUCAUCAGGGAACAACUCGACGAACAACUACAGUAUUGAAUCGUAGUUUUAAUUCUGGUACAAAUCCGUCUCAUAUAUCAUCAGGUGAUUCAAUGGUAUCUGAUCAAGCGUUAAGAAAACUAGAAGAACGUUUGAAAGAUUGGCAUCAACGAAUGGGCCAAGCAAGUAAACCACAAAUAGCAAAAUUACAACGUUAUAAUCACAUGAAUACCGAUACUAGACAAAAAAUGUUGGCUCGCUCACAUAUGUCAGAUUCUUCUCAUGAAGUUGAUGAUACAACAUUUGAGACAAUUGAUACACAGUCGGAUUAUUUGUCAAAUUUCCAGCAGUCAGAUGAACCAUUAUUUAAAGUUGAAUUGGUUUUGGAAGAAAAUAUGGGAAAUAUUCGUACUCGUAUACAGAGUGCACCUGCUGUAAUUUAUACCAAACAACAACAAUAUGAAGACAUGAAACAGUAUCUGAAAGCAGCUUGGAAACGUUUUCUCUCUCGUCCACAACCUUGUCUAUAA